AUGCCUCAAAUGUCCCUCCCCGCCAUGGGCGUCUUUGCCCUGGGUGCAUUCAGCUCUGGUGCCCUGGCGACGAUCGGCACCUGCUCCGCAGACAGCCCGCUCAGCUGCCAAACCGACAAUGAGGCGUCGUGCUGCUUCGAGUACCCCGGAGGAUCGCUCCUCCAGACCCAAUUCUGGGACACCGACCCAUCCACCGGACCCAGUGAUUCCUGGACCAUCCACGGUCUCUGGCCCGAUAAUUGCGACGGCUCGUACCAGCAGUACUGCGACGAUUCGCGCGAGUACAGCAACAUCACGGCGAUCCUGGAGGCGCAGGGCCGCAGCGAGCUGCUCGAGUACAUGGACACGUACUGGGUGAGCGACGACGGAAGCGACGAGAGCUUCUGGGAGCACGAGUGGAACAAACACGGAACCUGCAUCAACACCAUCGACCCUAGCUGCUACGCCGAUUACACCGCCCAGGAGGAGGUUGGCGACUUCUUCGCUAAGACCGUGUCGCUGUUCAAGACCCUGGAUUCUUACACUGCCCUCGCCAACGCAGGCAUCACCCCCAGCUCCAGCAAGACUUACGAGCUGAGCGACAUCGAGGACGCCCUCGCUGCCAUCCACGAUGGCUACGCCCCCUACGUCUACUGCAGCAGCAAGGAGCUGUCCCAGCUCUACUACUACUUUAACGUCAAGGGCAACGCCAUCGACGGGACCUAUGUUGCCUCGGAGAGAUUGGCGACGACCAACUGCCCUAGCUCGGGGAUUAAGUACCUGCCCAAGUCGAGCUCGAGCAAGCGGAAGUAGAGGGGCUCCUUCAAGGGAUACUGGU